UGGCUGCGCGCCGACUUCCGCCGUGACCUCUGCCCGCCGCCGCCGCCGCACGUGCCGCUGGCCUUCGGGCCUCCGCCGCCCCGGGCUCUGGCCGCGACGCGCCGCGCCGUUCCCCUUGCUGACACCGAGUCCACGCCGGACCAGGACGCCGAGGCCCGCUGCGCCCUGUGCGCGCGUGCGCUGCAGGAUGAAGAGGACCCUCUGUGUUGCCCCCACCCUGGCUGCCCGCUAAGGGCCCAUGUGAUCUGCCUUGCAGAGGAGUUCCUGCAGGAGGAGCCAGGGCAGCUUCUGCCCCUAGAGGGCCAAUGCCCUGGCUGUAAGAACUCACUGCUGUGGGGAGAUCUGAUCUGGCUGUGCCAGAUGGGCACCGAGGAGGAAGAAGAGGACUUGGAAUUAGAAGAGGAACACUGGACAGACAUGCUGGAGACCUGAUCCUCAGCAUCCCCAAACCUCCACCCACUCCUCCUCUGUGCCACCCCCUGCGGUUCUGGGCCGUUUUUACUUGAGUACAAUAAAAAGUCAGAGCUAAGGGUA